AUGUCAUCCACUCAAAGAAUCACCACUGCAGAGAAAGAGAAAUACAUCCAAGCCUUGCGAGCCCACCGAGUAAACACCAUAGUCGAACUCCGCCGCAUCGAAAAAGCAUUCGCAGUCCUCGGGACCUCCGACUGCAGCGAGGCCAUGACAUCAGCAUGGUCCUACUACGUCGACUCCCACAGCCUCCUAACUGAACUCCGUGGCUUAACUCGAAACUAUCCAUUCAGUUCAGACUGCCUUGACGAAGCCAAACGCCGCGUCUACAUCGACCCAGCCAGUAACCGCUCCUGGAACCUAUGCUGGCUCGUUCUAAGCAAGAUACAAGCCGACCAACUCAUCCCCUACUACGCGCGCUACCAGGCUACGCAGCCGGCCAUGUGGGGUGGUCAUGCGCCGACGGCAGAGCAGGUUAUGCAGCUAAUGGAGGCGUUUGUGAAUGAAUGGAAUUGGGCGGUUACGCAGAUGUUGAGGCAUUGGGUGCAGCCGCCUGCGAGGUGA